GUUAAAAUCAAGGCAUCAUUAAUAAAAAGGUACUUUCGAUGACAGGUUCGAUUAUUACUUUAAAAUUUUCGAUUAUUGCAUCUGAUACUUGCAAUUCUACAUCUGCGAGCCUUUAGUAACAAUCUUAAUAAUAUGUUACAUUCAUAAAAUACCAAAAAUGAAAAUUACGAAAAAUCCUGGUCAUGGUACCGGAAAUAAUUCAUAGUGUCAUAGAAUACUAUUGAAGAUUUCAUCUACCCUCUUCACUUAGAAGAGUCCGUUGCCAUUGACAACCAAUGGUGUUGACUAUUGUUUUCAAUCUUGAAUGUAAAAAGGGGAGUUAUUAAAGUUGUUUCAUAACCCUUUUUGUAAAUAUAUAUUUUAAAAUUAUAAAUUGGAUUCCAUAUUGUUAUCAAAAGAUUUAAAAAUGUUUGAUAUGAAUGACACGGGUGUAAAAUUAGAAAAAGCCAAAAUCAGACAAACAAAAAAAACAAAGCAACAGAAAGAAAAAUCUGGAUAAAUCAACGGGCAAGAUCUACAGAAAUUUCAGAAAGUAUGAAAAAUUAUAGUUUGUACAAAUUCUGUCUUUCCCAUUUUCUCACUUUGAGACUAUUUUUAAGUCAGAGAUUCUACAUUAGAAGCGCCAAUAUUUAGAGAAUUUCACACUUUGAAUAUAAAAGUCAAUUUAAUGCGUACAAACUUCUACCUAAAAAUUGCAUCUUUAAAGUGACCUUGAUGAUUCUGAUUGACUGCAUGUUCUCAUUUAUUAAUGAUGAAAGGAGCUGAGGAAAAUUUGGAGUCUAGCUCAAUUGAAGGCAAAAGUGGAAUACCAUCCCAAAAAGCAGAUGGGAGCCAGAGAAAGGUUAGAAAGCCAGAAAAGAUGACUAGAAGACAGGAGAAAAAACAAAGUUUCAUGCAAUCUAGUUGGCCAACCGUAAUUGAUCUCCAGCAGUAUGAACGACGUAAAUAUUAUCCAGAAACUUAUUACAGCAAUAAAAAGAAAGAGAAUGUUCUAAUAUGGUUGGCUAAUAAAUUCAGUAAAAUUUGUUUGGCGGCAGAUUCACAACAAAGACCAAUUCUUUUAACAGCAGAGAACGAGUGUAAAAUACAAAAAAUGGUCUGCACAACUAUUCGACCGACAAAAAUAAGGUAUCCGGAAUUCUACCGUUGGCAAGGCUGUGCCCAAUUUAUUGCAGACAAUAUUGAUUAUGAACCUCUAGAGAAACCAGUUAUGUUUCCAGAGUACAUUCGAUCACCAGAUACCGUUUUGAGUAGACAGAAAGCAAACUGUUUUGAGCUGGCUAUUUUGCUUGUUUCUUGCCUAAUUGGUUCUGGUUAUGAUGCGUACGUUGUUUCCGGAUAUGCAACACGAGAGGUUUGCAUCAAUGAUCAAACUAGAACAAAGUGUCCUUAUAUUCCUCAAAAAGAGACUCGAAAGGAGGAGACAGUUCAGAGAAAAGAGAACAAAUACAUUCCAAAGCCACCGCCGGACUUCUCCAGUAAGUUUCAGAAGAUGAUGAAGGAGCGUGAACUAAAGAGAAUAGCUGAUUUAGAAAAGGAAAACAGAGAAAGAGAAAAGAGACGAAUUGCAGAGUUGGAAAAAAUUCCUCCUGAUGAUAUUCAUGGUUAUCGGCGCCAUGGUUGGGCUCUGGUUUUGAGUGGUGCCCGUGGCAUUCAAGAGCCGUUUUACAUAGAACCAUCGACUGGUGUGAGGUUCUCUACAAAUGAUCCUCAAUACCUGAGAGUGGAUUCUAUUUGGAAUUCAUGUAACUACUGGUUUCACUUGGCGAAAAUAAAUCCAUGCCACUUUGACUUGGACGACACUAAUAAAUGGAAAAGAUUCAUUAAUGAAAAUCCUUGGCAGGAGUACGGUGAGGAUGAUGAAAGUCAUAAUUUAGAUUAUAAUGAUACCAUCCUGGCAAGAAAACACAUGGAUGUAUUGAGUUCAUGGGUUAAACCCCUUGAAAUAUCUUGCAAAAGGUAUCAAGAGCGUUACCCCAACGGAGCUAAGAAAAUUUAUUUUUAUAAGGCAAAGUGUCAAUUGUACGCGCCUUACGUUCUCGAUAGUGGGCUCAUUCAGAGUAUAGAUAUCUAUGAGGACUUUGAGUGUAACACUAAAAAGUACAAAUACGAACUAUUUGAAAACAGAUAUGAUUGCCUGUACAAAAUAGAGACAGACAUUCAAACUGGAGAUGUGGUGGAGUAUUUCAUGAAAGGUCGAUCAGAUUCAUUAGAACAAUACAGAUAUAGAAACAAUAAUUCAAAUUCUUCGUCUGAAUUGAUGCUUCAAUUUUACCACACUGCAUGUUACGAUGGUCUUUAUAGAAUAACGCUAAAUAUCACUAGUAUGACCAUGGAGUAUUUAAAUCGAGAAGACCUGCUGCGGUAUAAAUACUGCGAAUUCAAAACAAAUGAGGAGAACAAACAGAAGAGGGCCAUCCUCAGCAUUAAAGAAAUGUUCGAUAAAAAAUCGAAGAAUGAACUCGAUGGUAGCAUAGCAAUGAGGGGGUUUGAUUUAAAGAAUGACAGAAUACAAAUUCGGUAUCAUCACAGUGCUGGACAAUUAGUAUCAAGCGCAAAAACUUUCCAAAAGAUGCUGGUGCCUGACAGUAAUGAAAUCACAUUCCAGCCUGACAUGUGUAUAGGAUAUGAAUUUGAUACUGCAAGUAAAACGCACGAAGACCUUCAUGCACUGUUUUUAAAGCUCCUGAAUAUUGAGAGACAAACAAUUGCAAACGUCAAAAAUAGUUUCGAGGAGGUUGACAAAUUUUUAGCGGCAAGAGAAAAAGAAAGGAUCGCACCGAAGUUAAAAGUUUCCAUAUUUGAUCCACUGAGAAAUGAGAGGAUAAACCAAGAGAUGAAGAAGAAAGAGGAGGUCGAUUCGCUUCGCGCUAGAAAUGAAAUUGAGGGAGAUUUAGAUUAUUUGCUCCCAUACUUCAUCAAAUUUGAAAACCGGAGAAUGUCUUACGAUGAAGCACAACAGUUGUACAAGAAAUGUCUGGGCGACUUUGAAAGUACUCAACUCAAAAGAGCUGCUAUCUUACGAAACAAACUAAGUAAUAUGAAGGAAAAAUUGAUGAAGAAAGAGAAUGAGUAUGAAACUAGUGAGGAUAAGGACUGUGCACAAAGCAAAGUUCUUGGCUCAGAAAUAGAACAAAUUAAACAGAACAUUCAUGUUCUUGAUGCUCGUUUGAGCAGACAUAAAAAACUGACGACAACAAGACAUAAAUUUUUGGCGGAAAAGCUGCUUAAGGAUCCGAGACUUAAAGUCCUUGAUAUAGGUGGCCGAUAAGAAUUUGAAUUUUCAUCAUAACUCAAAAUGAAUCUGUGUGUUUAUCUGACAGAGAACUUUUUUGAGAGAUUAGCUCAGUAGUGAAAAU